AUGGCGAUCAUCCUGCUGCUCUUGCUCAGCUGCCUCACGCCGUUCCAGGAGGCGGCCGCCGAUGCGUUCUGCGACAACGUUAAGGUCCUCGCCGCCACCCUCCCCAACAAAACCUCCUCCUCCCCGGUACACUUCGCCACCGCCACCGUCGGCCAAGCCCCUGACAUCGUCUACGCGCUCGCGCUCUGCCGUGGUGACAUUCUCAACGACACCGCCUGCUCCCAGAGCAUCGCCAACAGGUUCGACUUGGUGCGGAACGCCACGCCACCGGACCUGGGGUGCUACACGGUGGUCUCCUACUAUGGCGAUUUUAUCCUCCUCUACAGCUUCAACGACAUCCUUGCUCCCUCAAUAUACACCAAUAGUACGGGAGAUGAAAACGGUGGCGACCCUCCCUUUGAGAGGUGGAACGUCAAGAACGUCACCGGCGACGUGUCCCUCGUCGCCGGCCUCAUCCGCGAGCUGCUGGUGGAGACCGUGGAGAAGGCGGCCAGCGCGACACCGAGGCGGUUCGCCACGGGCGUCAUGGACAGCGGCACGACCUUCCCAAUGGUGUACUCGUUGGCGCAGUGCACGCCGGACCUGUCCACCGGGGACUGCCUGGCAUGCCUCAAUCAUCUCCUCGGCUUGAUCAACUCCACCAUGUCCCUGCGCAUGGGAGGACAGAUGGGCGUCAUACGGUGCUACUUCAGGUAUGAGGCGUCUCCGUUCUACCAAGGCCAGCCUAUGAUAAGCCUCGGGCCGCCGGCUCCGACUCCAACCGAACACAAGAGGCGCAUGAGCAAGCUGUGGAUAAUUGCCAUAGUUUUAGUACCUCUAGCGGCGGCAGCAUUUCUCUUCUUCAUCCUGUACUCUCGUCGUCUCACAAAGCAAAAAAAAGGUACACUGCUGACAUUACAAGGAUCAAGGCGUUCUCAAGAUUUGGAAGGAGACGGACAACUAGUUUGGCAAGGGGGGAAUUCAGAGUUCAUGGUGUUUGAUUUUGAACAGCUACUAGAGGCCACAAAUAAUUUUUCAGAAGAAAACAAACUUGGACAAGGUGGCUUUGGCCCUGUCUACAAGGGCAAGCUUACUGAUGGACUAGAGAUAGCAGUUAAGCGACUUGCUUCACAUUCUGGUCAAGGUUUCACAGAGUUCAAAAAUGAAGUCCAGCUCAUAGCCAAACUCCAGCACAGCAAUUUGGUUAGGCUUUUGGGAUGUUGCUAUCAAGACGAGGAGAAAAUAUUGGUGUAUGAAUACUUGCCAAACAAAAGCUUGGAUUUCUUCAUCUUUGAUGAAAAAAGAAGAGAAUUACUGGAAUGGUCGAAACUUGUAGCGAUAAUCGAAGGAAUAGCACAUGGACUGCUUUACCUACAUAAGCACUCCCGGUUGCGUGUCAUACAUCGAGAUCUGAAACCUAGCAACAUUCUGUUGGACAGUGAAAUGAAUCCAAAAAUUUCAGAUUUUGGGCUAGCAAAAAUAUUUAGCUCAAACACCGAAGGAAACACAACAACAAGAGUGGUUGGUACAUAUGGCUACAUGGCCCCUGAGUAUGCUUCACAGGGUGUCUUCUCUAUCAAAUCCGACGUCUUCAGCUUUGGUGUUAUUAUCUUUGAGAUCCUUAGUGGAAAACGGAAUUCUGGAAACCAACAAUAUGGAGAUUUCAUCAAUCUUCUUGGAUAUGCAUGGCAAUUAUGGGAUGAGGGAAGGUGGAUUGAUCUCGUUAGUUCAUCAUCGUUUUCCAAAAGUCACUCGACAAAGAUGAUGAGGUGCAUUAACAUAGCACUAUUGUGCGUACAAGAGAAUGCAGCCGAUCGACCAACUAUGGCUGAUGUUAUAGCUAUGCUAAGCAAUGAGGCUAUGAUCAUCGAUGAGCCUAAGCAGCCGGCAUAUUUCAAUGUGAGGGUAGGAAAUGAAGAGACAUCGACUGCUACAGAGUCAUGUAGUAUUAAUGAUAUGACUAUAUCAGCCACACUUCCUAGAUAA